CAGCCAUGUCGGAUAGAGAGGAGGAUUUUGACAUGAACGAUAACGACGCCACGCGCGUCGACGAGGACGAGGAAGAAGAGCACGAGCAGGCAGACCAGGAGCACGGGCAGGAGCAGGAACAGCGUCCCGCGAGCUCGAGCAAGCGCGUGUCCAUAUAUGAUGCCUUGGACGACGACGACGAAGACGAGGACGAGGACGUGGAGGAUGAUGACGACGAAGAUGACGACGAGGACGAGGACGAGGGGAAUCGGAGGGGGCGCAAACGCGCAAAGCACCGGCACAGGAAGCCCGCUGUGAACCGGUUCCUCGAUGUCGAGGCCGAGGUCGACACCGAGGACGAGGAAGAGGAGGACGAGGAAGAGGACACGAGGGAAUUCAUCGCCGAGCCCGGGUUCGAAGGCGACGACUACGACAUCAACCGGCGCGCGGCCGUCAACGCGCGGCUCGACCGGCGCGCGCAGGAGAUGGACGAGCAGGACCUCGCCAAGAUCGCGCAGAACCUGCACGAGCGCUACGGCCGCGCCGGCGUGCGCUACACGGGCGACAUGAACGAGGUCCCGCAGCGUCUGCUCAUGCCCUCCGUGCACGACGCCUCGCUGUGGCAGAUCCGCGUCAAGCCCGGCCGCGAACGCGACAUUGUGUUCUCGCUCAUGCGCAAGGCGCUCGACCUCGAAUACACCGCCGCGCCGCUGCAGAUCCUCUCCGCGUUCCAGCGCGACUCGCUCCCGGGCAUGGUGUACGUCGAGGCGCGCUCGGCGCAGCAGGUGAACGUCGCGUGCAAGGGCCUCGUCGGCGUGUACCCCUCGCGCGGGAUCGUGCUCGUGCCGAUCGAGGAGAUGGCGAGCCUGCUGCAGAUCAAGAAGCAGGAGCAGACCGUCACGCCGGGCAGCUGGGUGCGCGUGCGCCGCGGCAAGUACCAGGGCGAUCUCGCGCAGGUGAUGGAUAUCACGGAGAACGGCGAGGACGUCGGGCUCAAGUUCGUACCGCGCAUCGAUCUCAAUCCGAAAGACGAGAACUCGAUCGACGGGCGCAAGCGCAAGAAGGCGUUCGAGUCGGGGGGCGCGGUCACCGGCGGGGGUGGGGGCGCGGGCGGGUCGUUCUCGAUGCGCCCGCCGCAGCGGUUCUUCAAUUUUGAGGAGGUCGUGAAAGUGUACGGGCGGAAGAACGUGUCGAAGCGGAACCAGGUGUACGUGUUCCAGAACGACACGUACCGCGACGGGUUCAUCGAGAAGGACUUCAAGCUCUCCGCGCUGCAGCUCGACAACGUGAACCCGUCGCUCGACGAGAUCACCAAGUUCACGCGCGGCGCGGGCGAGGGCGGCGCCGCCGGGGGGCUGGACGGGGCCGGGGGCAGCGCGGGCGAGAACACGGUGGAUCUGUCGAUUAUCGCGGAGGCGUCGCGCAAGGCCGCGAUCGCGGUGCUCCAGCCGGGGGACCACGUCGAGGUGUUCGAGGGCGAGCAGUCGGGCGUGCACGGUGUCGUGGACUCGAUCAGCCAGGACGUGGUCACGAUCGUCGCGGUCGGCGUGGACGUCGACGGGCAGAAGGUGGAUGUGCCCGCGCGCAGCGUGCGGAAGCGGUUUAAGCCGGGUGAUCAUGUCAAGGUUAUGGCGGGCAAGAACGCGGACGAGACGGGGUUGGUGGUUGCGGUGUCGGAUAAUGUGGUCACGUUUUUAUCGGAUAUGUCGAUGCAGGAGGUUUCUGUGUUUUCAAAAGAUCUGCGUGAAGCGGCUGAGGUUGGUUCGGGGACGAACAUCGUCGGUAACUACGAACUGCACGAUCUGGUUCAGCUUGACAUGCAAACCGUCGGUGUCAUCUUCAAGACCGAGCGAGACUCGUUCCGAGUGCUCGACCAAAACGGCCAGGUCCGCCUCGUGCAGCCGCACCAGAUCUCCAUGCGCCGGGACUCGACGCGGGCCAUCGCGACCGACUCUGAAGGCCACGAGAUCCGCGUGAACGACAACAUGAAGGAAGUCGACGGGGAGGCCCGCAAAGGACGCGUGCUGCACGUGCACCAGUCCUUCUACGCCUUCCUGCACAACCGCGAGAUCGCAGAGAACGGCGGCGUCUUCGUCACACGCACGCGCGCGCUCGCGUCGCUCGCGCCCAAAUCGAGCAUCGUCAAAACGGGGCUCGACGCGUCCAAGCAGAACCCGCUGCUCGCGGGCGGCGGCGGCGGCAUGGUCGGCUCGGGCACGAUGGGCCGCGGGCCGCGGGACCGCGACAUCGGCGCGCCGAUCACGGUCGUGCAGGGCUCGUAUAAGGGGUACCACGGGCUGAUCAAGGACACGAACGGGACGAUCGCGAGGGUGGAGCUGAAUACGGGGAACAAGGUUAUUUCGAUCGAUAAGGGCAAGUUGAGGAGGCGGUUGCCGAAUGGGACGUUGGCGCAGCUUGGGCAGCGGCCGCCGAUGGGCGCGGGUGGCGGUGGGUUUGGAGGGGGGAGGGGCGGCGGGAUGGGGCCACCGCAGGGGGGUGGCGGGCGGACGGCGAAUCCGUUUGGAGGGCGGACGCCGAACAGCGGCUGGGGUGGGCAGGCCGGUGCGGGUGCGGGUGCGGGUGGGCGGACGCCGGCGUGGGGGACGUCUGGGCGGACGCCGAAUCCGUAUGCGAGCGGGGACGGGCGGACGCCUGCGUGGGGCACGUCGGGGCGGACGCCGAACCCGUACGCGGACGGCGGGAAGACGCCUGCGUGGAAUGCGAAUUCGCGCACGCCGAACCCGUAUGCGGACAAGGAUGGGGGCAAGACGCCCGCGUGGAAUGUGAAUUCGCGUACACCGAAUCCGUACGCUGCGGCGCAGGAUGGCGGGAAGACGCCAGCGUGGAAUGUGGAUUCGCGCACGCCGCGGCAUCCCAGUAGCGGUGGUGGAGGGAGCGGGGGGCAGGGGAAUGGGGCGAGCGACCCGUGGUCGGCGGAUGGGGCAGCGUCGCCGCGGUGGGGGGCGGCGAAUAACAACGAUCCGUGGUCGAACAAUGACCCUUGGGGAGCGCCUACACCGGCUGCGACGGCGCCUACGCCUGCGCCCACUGGCGCCGCUGCCUGGUCAGCGUCCACGCCUGCGUACAAUGCGCCUACGCCCCGUGAUUCGGGUGUGCAGGCGUAUUCGUCGGCUCCGACGCCAGGAGGGCCGGGGAAUUACAGCGAUGAACCUGCGUCUGCGCCGACGCCCGCGCCUGCGGCGAACGACGGCGAUGGUCACGCUGGAGAUGACUCGUGGGUGAACACGUCGUACCUCCGCGGCAAGCGCGUUAUGGUGCAGGUCAGCGGCACGCUCGCGGACGGGUGGCAGGGCGGCGAGUACGAGGGCAGGCAGGGAUGGGUGCAGUCGGUGCUCCCGACGGGAUUCGACUUGACGGCGCAGGUGUUCUGGCUGCCUUCUGGGACCGGCCCGAUGACGGUCAAGACGAAGUACCUCGAGCCUGUGCGGCCUGAGGAAGGAGACCGCGCGGUCAUGAUUGGGGGCGAGCAGCUUCCGCUUGGGACGGAGGUGGAGUGCGGGGAGAACACGAUUGAUGGGUGGACGGUGCAUAAGCCGCAGGACAGUGAGACGUUUACUGUGCAGGAGGAGGAGCUAGCGAGGGUGCAUCGGGCGUAA